CCUCAGGUUUACUAUUUUGGCCCGUGUGGCAAAUACAACGCUAUGGUACUAGAACUACUUGGACCUAGUCUGGAAGAUUUGUUUGACUUGUGUGGUAGGACAUUUUCUCUUAAAACUGUUCUUCUGAUAGCCAUACAGUUGAUUUCUCGUAUGGAAUAUGUCCAUUCAAAGAACUUGAUAUACAGAGAUGUAAAACCUGAGAACUUCUUAAUAGGACGACCUGGAAACAAAACUCAACAAAUUAUUCAUAUUGUAGAUUUUGGUUUGGCAAAGGAGUAUAUAGAUCCAGAAACAAAGAAGCACAUACCGUAUCGAGAACACAAGAGCCUUACAGGAACAGCUAGAUACAUGAGUAUAAAUACACAUUUAGGAAAAGAGCAAAGUAGAAGAGAUGAUUUGGAAGCUUUAGGUCAUAUGUUUAUGUAUUUUCUCAGAGGAAGCCUUCCAUGGCAAGGUUUAAAGGCUGAUACAUUAAAAGAACGUUACCAGAAAAUUGGAGACACAAAACGAGCAACCUCUGUAGAAGUACUGUGUGAAAACUUCCCAGAGGAAAUGGCUACAUAUCUAUGUUAUGUAAGAAGGCUAGAUUUUUUUGAAAAACCGGACUAUGACUACUUAAGAAAACUCUUCACAGACUUACUUGAUCGGAAAGGCUAUGUGUUUGAUUAUGAAUAUGACUGGAUUGGCAAACAGUUGCCUACUCCAGUGGGUUCAAUACAUUCAGACCCUGCAGUGUCUUCAAACAGAGAUGCAUAUCAGCACAGAGAUAAAAUGCAACAAUCCAAAAAUCAGUCAGCAGACCACAGGGCAGCUUGCAACUCACAGCAAGCCAAUCCACAUCAUUUGAGGGCUCACCUAGCAGCUGACAGGCAUGGUGGCUCGGUACAGGUAGUAAGCUCAACAAAUGGAGAACUGAACACAGAUGACCCAACUGCAGGCCGUUCAAAUGCACCCAUCACAGCUCCUGCAGCAAUAGAAUUAAUGGAUGAAACUAACUGCCAGAAAAUGUUGAACAUGUG